AUGACUUCUCUCAAUGAGCAGCUUGCAACUUUGGUCGAAAAUUACACAGCCUGCGAUGUAUCAGACGCCCUUCUCAAGCUACAGAAAGUCCCAGAAGGAAGCGCACCUCGAGCAGGAUACUUAGCCGAUCUCACCCCCUUCUCUCCAAUAGUCGGAAGGAACGAUACAGCGCGGAAGAUCGCCGCCCCAGCAACUACAUUCAAGUUCCUCAAUAAAAGCGAUGACCCGCCAGCUAUUGCAAAGGAGAAUCCUGAGAAACAUGGAUUCCCGCCUGGCAGACACUGGGUAGACUACGUAGGUGACUUUCAGGACGCGGACCCGGCCAAGGCAGGCUCCAUUAUUGUGAUCGAACAGCCGGAUGAGCAGUACUGUGCUGUGACAGGUGGUAUCAUGGCGACGAGAAUGAAGGUUUUGGGCAUCAAGGCUGCUGUUGUGGGUGGCCGAGUCCGAGAUUUGAGGGAGUUACAAGACACAGAGCUUCCGAUCUGGGCGCGUGCCACUUCAACUGUUGGUACAGGUGCUGAAGCUAAAGCUGCUGUGCGCAAUGUGCCUAUCUCUAUUGGAGGAGUUAUUGUGUCACCGGGUGACAUUAUCUUCUGUGAUCCGAUGGAAGGAGUUGUGGCUAUUCCACGCAAUUUACUGAGCGCCGUCCUGGAGGCCAUGCCAAAUUUGAUUAGUAUGGAUGAACAGGCAAAGGAAGCUGUGGCAAAAGGAAUGAGUGUCACGGAUGCUUUCAAGAAGUUCAGAUGA